AAGAGGGCUUUGGAAGCAAAACACUCCCCCCUUUGCAGAGAGUGAAAAAAAUUCAUGUCCACAUCCUCUCAAUCCCUCUUAUCUCCUUAAUCCUCUUUCAACGAGAAUUAGUGACUAAGAAACUAUCUGGGUGAUUUUUUUUUUUUUUUGAAAAAAAUUUACAAGGUAAAAUUUUUUUAGAGAGAGAGAGGAAGAAAGAGGGUGAUAUGGAGUUUGAGGAUCAGGAAGAGCAUGAAGAGGAAGAGCAGAUGGGUUUGCCGGCGAGUUAUGACUCGUUGGGUAAUUCUUCUAGAGUCAAAAUGACGAGCCCUGCAGGUGAACAAGCAGCGGCUGGAGCCGGACCCGUUCAGUCAACGAAGCCAAGGUAUAGAGAAUGUUUGAAGAACCACGCGGUGGGGAUCGGUGGGCAAGCGGUGGAUGGGUGUGGCGAGUUCAUGGCUGCUGGAGCUGAAGGAACACUCGACGCGCUGAAAUGUGCCGCGUGUAACUGCCACAGAAACUUCCACCGCAAAGAAACUAACGACUCGACAGCACCGGGAGGAGGAGAACUGUUCUUCCACGGCCACCCUCACCCACAUCACCUCCAUCAUCAGGUUCCACAAUUCGCACCGUAUUACAGGACCCCAGCAGGAUACCUCCAUGUUGCUCCACCACAACAACGGCCUUUAGCAUUGCCAUCGACGUCGGGAGGUCAGAGUAGGGAAGAUCAAGAAGAUGUGUCGAAUCCAAGUGGUGGUGGAUUUGGUGGAGGGUCGUCGAGGAAGAGGUUUAGAACGAAGUUCACGCAGGAGCAAAAGGAGAGAAUGCUGGCACUGGCGGAGAGAUUGGGUUGGAGGAUUCAGAAACAUGAUGAAGCUGCAGUGCAGGAGUUCUGCAAUGAGACUGGAGUGAAGAGGCAUGUGCUUAAGGUUUGGAUGCAUAACAACAAGCACACUCUGGGUAAGAAACCCUAGAAAAAUGGAACCAAUCUUCCGGUUCUAGAUAGGAACAAUCAAGGAUUUUGAAAAGAAGAAGUGGGUUGGAAAUUUCUCAAGUUGGCAUGGUGAGAAUUCUGGUACCAUUAUCUCAGGAAUUUUUAGGUAGCUUUUUUAGGGUUCAUUUCGUUUCUGUUAGUAGUGUUUUCCUCUUUUCUUUUUCUCUUCUAGGGACGGGGGAGGGGCGGCGGCGGCGGUUCAUAUGUGGGCAGUAAUGGGGUUGGGGUGGUGAAUAUUAUGUCAUGUCAGGUGGUUUUAGACUCUAAAGAAGAUUUAUGUUGAUGACUACUUUCAGUUUUUCAUUUC